AUGGAUGAACAGAGCGUAGAGAGCAUUGCGGAGGUUUUCAGAUGUUUCAUUUGUAUGGAGAAGUUGCGGGAUGCACGUCUGUGUCCUCAUUGCUCUAAGCUUUGUUGUUUUAGCUGUAUCAGGCGCUGGCUGACAGAGCAGAGAGCUCAAUGUCCUCAUUGCCGUGCUCCACUCCAGCUACGAGAACUAGUAAACUGUCGUUGGGCAGAAGAAGUAACCCAGCAGCUUGAUACUCUUCAACUCUGCAGUCUCACCAAACAUGAAGAAAAUGAAAAGGACAAAUGUGAAAAUCACCAUGAAAAACUUAGUGUAUUUUGCUGGACUUGUAAGAAGUGUAUCUGCCAUCAGUGUGCACUUUGGGGAGGAAUGCAUGGUGGACAUACCUUUAAACCUUUGGCAGAAAUUUAUGAGCAGCAUGUUACUAAAGUGAAUGAAGAAGUAGCCAAACUUCGUCGGCGUCUCAUGGAACUGAUCAGCUUAGUUCAAGAAGUGGAAAGAAAUGUAGAAGCUGUACGAAAUGCAAAAGAUGAGCGUGUUCGGGAAAUUAGGAAUGCAGUGGAGAUGAUGAUUGCACGAUUAGACACACAGCUGAAGAAUAAGCUUAUAACACUAAUGGGUCAGAAGACCUCUCUAACACAAGAAACAGAGCUGUUGGAAUCCCUACUUCAGGAGGUAGAGCACCAGCUGCGGUCUUGUAGUAAGAGUGAGUUGAUAUCUAAGAGCUCAGAGAUCCUCAUGAUGUUUCAGCAAGUUCAUCGGAAGCCCAUGGCGUCCUUUGUUACCACUCCUGUUCCACCAGACUUUACCAGUGAAUUAGUACCAUCUUAUGAUUCAGCUACUUUUGUUUUAGAGAAUUUCAGCACUUUGCGCCAGCGAGCAGACCCUGUUUACAGUCCACCUCUUCAAGUUUCAGGACUUUGUUGGAGGUUAAAAGUUUACCCAGAUGGAAAUGGAGUCGUUCGUGGUUACUACUUAUCUGUGUUUCUGGAACUGUCAGCUGGCUUGCCUGAAACUUCCAAGUAUGAGUAUCGUGUAGAGAUGGUUCAUCAGUCCUGCAAUGAUCCUACCAAAAAUAUCAUUCGAGAAUUUGCAUCUGACUUUGAAGUUGGAGAAUGCUGGGGUUAUAAUAGAUUUUUCCGUUUGGACUUACUUGCCAAUGAAGGAUAUUUGAAUCGGCAAAAUGAUACAGUGAUUUUAAGGUUUCAGGUUCGUUCUCCAACUUUCUUUCAAAAAUGCCGGGACCAGCAUUGGUAUAUUACUCAAUUAGAAGCUGCACAAACUAGCUAUAUUCAACAAAUAAAUAACCUUAAAGAGAGACUUACUAUUGAGUUAUCUCGAAGUCAGAAAUCAAGAGAUUUGUCACCACCAGAUAAUCAUCUGAGCCCCCAAAAUGAUGACACUCCUGAGACACGUGCUAAGAAGCCUAUGCCAUGCACCGAUAUGCUUCUCCAGGAUGGUCCUACUACAGCUUCUGUAAGAGAUGUCAAAGAGGAUGAAGAAGAGGAAAAGAUUCAGAAUGAAGAUUAUCAUCAUGAACUUUCAGAUGGAGAUCUGGAUCUGGAUCUUGUUGGUGAAGAUGAAGUGAAUCACCUCGAUGGCAGCAGUUCCUCUGCCAGCUCCACAGCAACAAGUAACACAGAAGAAAAUGACAUUGAUGAAGAAACUAUGUCAGGAGAAAAUGAUGUGGAAUACAACAACAUGGAAUUGGAAGAGGGAGAACUUAUGGAAGAUGCAGCUGCUGCAGGACCACCAGGUAGUAACCAUGGCUAUCUGGGCGCCAGUAGCAGAAUGUCAAGAAGAGCACAUUUAUGUUCUGCUGCUACCAGUAGUUUAUUAGACAUUGAUCCAUUAAUCUUAAUACAUUUGUUGGACCUUAAGGACCGGAGUAGUAUGGAAAAUUUGUGGAGCUUACAGCCUCGCCCUCCUGCUUCACUUUUGCAGCCCACAGCAUCAUAUUCUCGAAAAGAUAAAGACCAAAGGAAGCAGCAGGCAAUGUGGCGAGUUCCCUCUGAUUUAAAGAUGCUAAAAAGACUCAAAACUCAAAUGGCUGAAGUUCGAUGUAUGAAAACUGAUGUAAAGAAUACACUUUCAGAAAUCAAAGGCAGCAAUGCUGCUUCCGGAGACAUGCAGGCAAGCCUUUUUUCUGCUGACCAGGCAGCUCUGGCUGCAUGUGGAACCGAAAACUCUGGCAGAUUACAGGAUUUGGGAAUGGAGCUCUUGGCAAAGUCAUCAAUUGCUGGUUGUUACAUACGAAACUCCACAAAUAAGAAGAGUAAUUCACCCAAGCCAGCUCGGUCCAGUAUAGCAGGUAGUCUGUCACUUCGAAGAGCAAUAGACUCUGGGGAAAAUAGCCGUUCAAAGGGAGACUGUCAAACUCUGUCUGAAGGUUCCCCAGGAAGCUCUCAGUCUGGGAGCAGGCAUAGUUCUCCCCGAGCCUUAACACAUGGCAGUAUCGGUGAUAUUCUGCCCAAAUCCGAAGACCGGCAGUGUCAAGCUUUGGAUUCAGAUGCUGUUGUGGUUGCAGUUUUCAGUGGUUUACCUGCUGUUGAGAAAAGGAGGAAAAUGGUCACCUUGGGGGCUACUGCUAAAGGUGGUCGUCUGGAAGGAAUGCAGAUGACUGAUUUGGAAAAUAAUUCUGAAACUGGGGAAUUACAGCCUGUCCUACCUGAAGGAGCUUCAGCUGCACCUGAGGAAGGAAUGAGCAGUGACAGUGAUAUUGAAUGUGACACUGAGAAUGAGGAGCAGGAAGAGCACACCAGCAUGGGAGGAUUUAACGACUCUUUCAUGGCACAGCCCCCAGAUGAAGAUACGCAUUCCAGUUUUCCUGAUGGUGAACAAAUAGGCCCUGAAGACCUCAGCUUUAAUACUGAUGGAAACAGCGGAAGGUAA